CUCUCUCUCUCUCUCUCUCUCAAACCCAACUAUUUUACAAAGUCCAAACACCCAUUCAUCUUUCCCCACUUAUCACAUUUCACAUUGAAACAUUCAAGUGCUAUAUAGUGUGAGACUCAUCUCUUGACUCUUUCUCUCACUUAAAUAUCAUGACUUCCUAUGCAAUUGUUUCAACUGAAACAGUUGACCCAGUGACAUUGAGGCAUUCUCUUUCCCGUUGUUGGAGCAACUCGGCGAUUUCAGUCUUUAAUUCCAUGCUGCCAUUUUCUCACCAACCUCAUAACCAACUUCAAAAAUCCAUAGUUCAAAAUUUUGCUGAUCAUCUAAAAACCGAGAUUCCAGUUGAUGACAGGCAGAUGGAUUUCAAUGAUGAGGACAUGAACCGCAGGAUGCCUGCAUGGAGUUCAGAUGAAUUAAAGACAUGGAUAUGGCUACAACAUGCAAUCCAUCCUGAGCUGAAUCUUGACCGCUGCUUGCGAAAGAGAUGGCUCAACAUGAUACCCACAAAGGAAAUCCUACUCCAUCCAGGAGAAUCCAUAAGGAGAUGGUUGAAAGAGAUGAAGCAAAGGAAAAAGGAGGAAGAGAGGCUACGUAAAGCCGAAGCCCAUGCUGCAGUGUCAGUGGCUGGGGUGGCAGCAGCACUGGCAGCAAUUUCUGCAGAAAAUGCUGCAAACCAAUGCGGCCAUAACCCAAGGGAUUCAGCCAUGGCUUCUGCCGCUGCUUUGGUGGCAUCACAAUGCAUUGAGAUAGCACAGAGUAUGGGAGCAAAGAGAGAUGAGAUUGCUGCUGCACUGGCCUCAGCUGUGUCGACCAAGAGCACAGGGGAUAUCAUCACACUCACUGCAGUGGCUGCCACCUCACUGAGAGGGGUUGCAGCUCUGAAAGCAAGGCCAGCCCACAAAGUAAGGGGGAACCAUGGAUUCUCUGUCAUUCCAUAUCUCGAAGUGGGAAGGGAAGAUAUUGGGUUCGAGAAAAGAAGGGCCAUUUUGGCUCAGGGCGAGCAGCUUAUUGUUCACAACACAAAUGGAAAAUGCAAGCCAAGAUUCAUAUCAAUUGUCCUCAACAACCAAGCCAAGCUUGUUUUGAAAAUCAGGAAGAACAACAUGCUCAAAUCACUCAUGCACGCUACAGAGAGUUUCAUAAGCAAUAUGCAUAGUUCACUACAAGAGGAUUCUGCAGAAGAAGAUGACAGGCCAUAUCUCAUAGUAUUGGAAACCACUGAAGGCAUUAUAAAGCUAGAGAUGAAUGAAUCUGUAUCCUAUAAGAUAUGGUCAAUGACUAUAAACUACAUGCUGCUUCUCUCCACUAGCUACAGUGGAUAUGAACUUCAGUUCUGAGGUGGAUUGUUUAAGAUUCUUACUCACAAAAUGAAUGAACUAAAUCCGAGAAGGAUAGGCUCAAAUCUAAGUUUAUGGUCUCAAAUCCAACACUACUUCUACAUUUCCUUCUUCUGGAUGAUAAAUAACCAACAAUGAUUUGGUUCCAGAAUAAUUAAGCAACUCAAAAUAAUUUGAUUGUAAUGGUUUACAACUUCUCAUUUUUUUUGUUCAAUACCCAACUUUUCAUUUUGUUCAAUGAACUUCCGACAUAGAAUUCAACCAUGUCCAUUAAUUCUGCAGAUGCAUGCUUAAGCAAUUGUAAAUUGAGGGCAUGCUAGAGUUGCCCUUUUAUUAAUAUUUUACAUUAAAAAAA